AUGGCCGACACCGCUGGCCUGAACGGCGGCCCCGUCGCCGAAGACAACAUCAUCAAUCGCCGUGGCAAUGAGGGCAUCUAUCAAAGCUGCGUCAACCUCAAGAGGCGACUCGCAGAAGUCCCCAAUUUCGAGCCUUAUCUGCAGGAGAUGGACGAAGAGGAUAGGUUACAGGGAAACUCCGACCCCGUCGCUUCGCUCUGGAGUUUCCUGCGACAUGGAUACCCGCUGUUAGCCAUCUACAAUGCUUCCGACCCAGGCGCGCAACUCGAAGUCGAUACCACAAAGGUUCCUGAAGCUAGACGUCCCAAGGCAGCUACCUUUAAAUUUCUCCAAGCCGCUAUACAGGAAAUGGCGUUUCCACAGCAAGAAUGUUUCCUUAUCACAGAUUUGUACGGCGAUAACACAAUCGGGUUCACCAAAGUGAUAAAGAUGGUCAAUCGGGUCUUAGAUAUCCUGGAGAUUCAAGGUCAAUUAAAGAGGCCAUCUGGUACCGGCACAGCUGCCCCAACGGCAGGAAGGAAACUCACCAAACGAGAACACAUUUUAAAAGAGUUGCUAGAAACAGAGCGCGACUAUGUCCACCAUCUCCAAAAUUUACAGGCGCUCAAGAAAGAGUUGGAGGAUACCGGAGCUCUCACUGGCGAUGCUAGUCAUCAAAUAUUCUUGAACUUAAACAACCUGCUUGAUUUUGCGCAGCGGUUCCUAAUUCGGCUUGAACAACACUACGCCCGACCAGAAGAAAAGCAGAACUGGGGUGAGUUGUUCAUCCAGCAUGAAGAAGCUUUUCGUCAGUACGAACCGUUUAUUGCGAACCAAAUGCGAUGUGAUCAGACCUGCCACAAGGAGUGGGAUAAGAUCAGAGCAGCUCCGCGCUCUAUCGAUUUACAACAGAUGGUUGCGCAACCAGCCACACUCAACGGUUUCUUUGUUAAGCCGUUUCAACGCUUGACGAAGUAUCCCCUGAUGCUCUCGGAAUUGCGCAAGCAAAUUGAGGAUCCAGAUCUUCAAGCCGAUAUUUCACGAGCUAUCGAGUCUCUUCAGACUGUGCUGGAUGCUGCCAACGAUGCAAUCGACAAAGAACAACUAGCCUCCGCCUUUCGAGAACUGGACGAACGCGUUGAUGACUGGAAGGCACUGAAAAUCGAUUCAUUUGGCGAUCUACUUCGUUUCGGUACAUUCACAGUCAUAAAAGGAGACAGCGGCAAGGAUUCGGAAAGAGAGUACCAUAUAUAUCUUUUCGAACGAAUCCUCCUUUGCUGCAAGGAUAUAAACCCGAAUAAACAGAAAUCGAGAUUGGUCGGUGGCAGCAAAGAUAAACUGCAUGCCGGUAAGGGUAAGCCACGACUUCAACUCAAGGGCCGCAUAUAUAUGGCGAAUGUGACCGAUAUCGUCUGGCUUCAGAAACCGGGCUCUUAUCGCAUUCAGAUCUUCUGGAAGGGGGACCCCGGAGUAGUGGAUAACUUUGUUAUUCGCUAUUCGAAUGAGGACAUCAUGCGUAAAUGGUACAAAGAUAUCAACGCGCAACGCGAAAUUCAGGCAGAGCAGCGCAGCGCCCGCAACACGGGCACAUCCGAUUCCGAGUUCAUGUACUUCACAAACAACGUAGCCAACAUUCCGAACCCCUACCAACAAGAGUAUGAUGCCGAAGAAUCGGCCACAAAAGAAGCAGCCUUCUUUUCCGAAUUCCCGAUGAUGAGUCGGAAUGCUUCAAGCACAAGUCUCCGAACUCGAUCAGCGACGGGAGGAAGCGGCAGCUCUGGCCCUCCACUUUCCACAAAUGGCCGAGGCCGCUAUCCAGCAAUGCCCGACUCGACUUUAUCAGUACACACACAAUUUCCUCCGGGGAGUAUGUCGCCCGCGGAGCGAAAUGCCAGCUCUUACUUCUCCCCCGUCACUGAACCCAACUCCACCAGGUCGAGCUCUCAGUCAGCCGGAUAUCCCUAUAAUCGGCAGCUAACACCGGCCACAACCUGGAGUGAAGACCAUAAUCGAUACACCGCUCCCGCAUUGUCGCGUGCGACGUCCAGGGACGGCCCGAACUCGAACCCUUAUUUCAACGGUGGACCACCAAACGGGCGGAGCACUCAACGCCCGUCCCUGCCCCCGAUGUCCGCUAAUAACCACGCAUCGAAUGGCGCGUCGCAGAGAAUGCGUUCCGCCAGCAGCCCCGAUAUCCAUAACCACAACCCUGAAUCCCGUCGGUAUAUGGGAGCUCAUACUAUGCAAACCGUUGACAAUGUGCCUGUCCCUCCCAUUCCUGCACACAUGGCCAACAUGAAGGCGCCAGUUAGUCGUAGCCAGAAUAACUCUCCGACAAAUCACAACCUUCCAAUUCGAACCACCAAUCAUCACCAUCCGCAUGCCUUUAAUGAGCCACAAUACUCCGAAGGGCGUCCGGGCGCAACUCCUUCGGAUCAACCAACGUCCCCAUUAAGCCAUGAGCCCGAGGAGGAGCCGUUUAUGCCGACCCAGCUAAAGGCAAAAGUCAACUUCGACGAGAAUUACGUGACAUUGGUGAUUUCCAGCAACAUAAUGUUCCGUACACUCACCGAUCGAGUCGACGCCAAACUCGCCAGGUUUACCGAUCGCUCCAUUGGCAAUAAGACGGUGCGCUUACGUUACCGUGAUGAGGAUGGUGAUUAUGUGACGAUUGACAGCGACGAGGCCGUUCAAGAAGCAUUUGUGGAGUGGCGGGAACAGCAUCGCGAAAUGCUUUCAAGAGGCCAGGUGGUGGGCGAGAUCCAACUCUACUGUCAAGCGAUUGAGAAUUAG